AUGGUAAAUAAAGUUGCAUCUGCUAGAAAAAAUUCUAGAGCUUUAGCUGAGAUUUUGAAUUCUCCAGCAAACAUUGUUAACCUACGAAACAGAAAAUGCCAAAACAAAACAUCAAUUGAGUCAGUGAAGAGUGGAGAAAAUGCUAAAAAGAAGGCCAAAGGAAAAACCAUAACCAAAGAAACUACCAAAAACAAGCAACGUAAGAAACGUAAAGCGUCUACCACUGACACCGAAUCUGACUCAUCGCUGGAUAUGGACUUGGAAGAUGAUGAUGAUGACGACGUGGACGAUGAAGAAUGCUGUUGUUAA